AUGGGAAGUGCGGUUCCACGUCGUUUUGUGGUGGGUGGGUCUGACGAGGUUAGGAGGGAGUCUGUGGGCCAUCUCUGGUUAUUAGGACGGAGGAGGGUUCGGCCGGGAUUUCCGAACUGCUCCGCCGGUCUUCGAGUGUGCUACCGAAGUGCAGGGCUGCAGCUUACUGCGAGUCUUGCAGUUCUCCGCUCAAGCACAGGACAGGUCCGUGUAGCCCAGCAUCGGCGUCUGAUAAACAACGCUCCUUCCACUACUUUCACCCAAGCAUGCAAGCAAUCGGGCCUCUCUUUGAUUUUGCUUUCAUUUUCUUCCACGUAUCAUACGGUAUUCAUAAUAUUAUUAGUUUCCUUUCACCCCCAACGAAAUUUCCCUCCCUCCCUCCCGCGCACACGAAAUAAAUUUUAUUCUCCCAACGCCUUCCUCUCUUCGUCAUAAAAUGAUAUCAUUUCAACCCACCGCAAUCGAGGUUUCAAGUCAAGUCAGGCAAACACUCGCCGGGCCGCACCAUGGCGAUGGUAAAAUUGAGUAGGAAAGGUUUACCCGAGUAGGUUAGAGCCCCGAUAUGUCAUACCUGGACCCGAGAAGAUUGGAACAGAGAGGCUUAAUUGGUGGAAGGUUGGGGGGUCGAUUGGGGGCGUUUUUGUGGAUGGCUUUGGGUUUUGGGUUUCGGGGAGGGUGAUCCGUGGGCGGGACGUGAGAAGGAGUGUGGCCAGUAAAGUGUUGGUGAUGUUGCUUGGUAUCAUAGCCCACCGGUACCGGUAUGGAACUAGA